AUGUCGGCGACGACUUCAUCUUCCGACGCCAAGGUCACCAAGGCCGAGAACUUCCCCGAUGGAACCUCCGACUACGUUCCCACCCGUGCCCGGGCCUACGAUAUCAAGAAGCCUCACAUCUCAACUCAGCCUAUCACUGCGAGCAACUGGUACAAGCACGUCAACUGGCUGAACACGACCUUCAUUCUGAUUGUCCCUUUGAUUGGAUUCGUCUGCUCCUACUGGAUUCCCCUUACAUGGAAGACCGCCGUCUUCGCGGUUGUCUACUACUUCAACACCGGUCUCGGUAUUACCGCUGGCUACCAUCGUCUUUGGGCUCAUCGUUCCUACAAGGCCAGCCUUCCCCUCAGAAUCUACCUCGCCGCCGUCGGCGCCGGUGCCGUUGAGGGUUCCAUCCGAUGGUGGUCUCACGGACACCGUGCUCACCACCGAUACACCGACACCGACAAGGACCCGUACUCCGUUCGCAAGGGCCUCCUGUACAGCCACAUUGGCUGGAUGGUUAUGAAGCAGGACCCCAAGCGUAUGGGCCGUACCGAUAUCUCCGAUCUCAACGAGGACCCCGUCGUCAUGUGGCAGCACGUCCACUUCAUCAAGUGCGUCCUCGCCAUGGGUGUCAUCUUUCCCACGGUCUUCUGCGGCCUCGGCUGGGGUGACUGGCUCGGCGGUUACGUCUACGGUGGCAUUCUUCGCAUUUUCGUCGUUCAGCAGGCUACUUUCUGCGUCAAUUCUUUGGCCCACUGGCUCGGUGACCAGCCCUUCGACGACCGAAACUCACCUCGUGAUCACGUCAUCACUGCCUUUGUCACCCUCGGUGAGGGAUACCACAACUUCCACCACGAAUUCCCCUCCGACUACCGCAACGCCAUUCAGUGGUGGCAGUACGACCCCACUAAGUGGUGCAUCUGGACCUGGAAGCAGCUUGGCCUCGCCACUGACCUCAAGCAAUUCCGCCAAAACGAGAUUGAGAAGGGCCGCGUCCAACAGCUGCAGAAGAAGCUUGACCAGAAGCGCGCGAAGCUCGACUGGGGUGUUCCUUUGGAGCAGUUGCCCGUCAUCGACUGGGACGAUUUCAAGGCGCAGGCAAAGAACGGCAGAGGUCUUGUUGCCAUCGCUGGUGUUAUCCACGACGUGACCGACUUCAUCCAGGAGCACCCCGGUGGCAAAGCCCUCAUCUCUUCCGCCCUCGGCAAGGAUGCCACUGCCAUCUUCAACGGGGGUGUCUACCUCCACUCAAACGCCGCCCACAACCUGCUCUCUACCAUGCGUGUUGGUGUCCUUCGUGGCGGUUGCGAGGUUGAGAUUUGGAAGCGUGCCCAGUACGAGAACAAGGACAUGACUACCGUCACUGACUCGAGUGGCGAGCGCAUUGUUCGUGCGGGAGAUCAGCUCACUCGUGUGGCUGUCCCCGUUGCCAGCGCUGAUGCUGCAUGA